AUGGCAUUGCGAACUGAGCUUCAAAUCCAAAUGGCUAACAAACCUUCAGCCGCCGAAGAAACCGCGCAUACAGAUUCGAACCAAAAACCCGGCACCAUUUCUUCUCAAAUGAGAUUGCUGGUCCCCAAACGAGCUGCCAAUGGAGAGGUCGUGGCUUUUCAUGCGAACCUUCGGGCAAACACGUGUUUUCAGUCGCAAGAGAUUAUCGUGUUUGACAAUGUUGUUACAAAUACUAUGACCGCUUACGACCCACUUGACGGCAUAUUCACCGCCCCAGUAACGGGAACAUACGUCUUCAUCUGGAACUUUGGCUCCUUUGGACGUUCUUAUAAUAUUAUAGAGCUUGUGGUUCAUGGCACAGGCAUUGGGUCAUCCAUAUCAGACAGCUAA